AACUCGAGUUCGAGUGCUAGAUUAGCACCUACAUUGAUCAACAUACCAGAGGUUUCGACAAAAAAAUUCCACUUCUUCCCGCGCAAAAACCUAAGAAGUUUUCUUCCCCAUUUUAAACCCGCAAUAUCUCUCCCUACAUGGAUGACUAAUUGAGGCAGAUAGUUGGAGAAAAGAGGAAGAUGAUGAUGGGCAAGGUGUUCAAGGGAGCUAACGUGUUCAUGUCGCGCAACUUGGUUCCACCGGAGCAGUUCGACACUCUUCACGACGCGCUCAAGCUCAACGGAGCUCAGGUCUUCCUCUGCUGCGACCCAUCCCACAACGGUCCCAACGACUACCACGUCAUCUCCUCUAUGGAUCAUGAGAAAUUCGAUGAACUCCUGUCAAAAGGCUGCAAUUUGAUCGGUCCUAGGUGUGUACUUUUUUGUGCGAAUGAACACAGACCACUCCCUAAUCAAGGUUUUACAUGCUGCCUUGCAAUGGACGGAGUCAAAAUACUAGCAUCUGGUUUUAAGGAGGACGAAAAGUUUGAAAUAAAAAAGCUAGUGAAAGCAAUGGGAGGAGUUUUUCAAGAAAAAGUAUCAAUGGACAUAAAUUUCGUCAUAGUGAAAAACGUUUUGGCUGCAAAGUACAAGUGGGCACUAAAUGUAGGGAAGAAACCAAUUGUUAGUAUUACUUGGCUACUCCAGUGCUGGAAGGAGCAUCACUUUGUUGCUCCAGAGUCAUUCAGGGUCCAACCUUUUUCUGGGCUCACCAUCUGUAUUACCAGAAUAAAUGAGAGGACGGAGGUGGAAAAUAUAGUCCUACAAAAUGGAGGCAAAUAUUCUCGUGAUCUGACAAAAAGUUGCACACAUUUAAUUUGCGGGGCUCCUAAAGGAGAUAAAUAUGAAGUUGCCACAAAUUGGGGUACAAUAUACAUAGUUAGCAAGAGGUGGCUUGACCAAUCUGUUGCUAAAAGAGCACGCCUUAAUGAGGAGUCAUAUCCUAUUCAGGGUACCUCUGCAGCAACUGUGAUUGCUGCAAGAAUGAAAAACCAACACAGCAUAGAGAGUGGCAUUCAAAGUGUGCAAACUUUGUCUUCCACUGCAACAAUAUCAAAUUCUCAAGCUCUUUCAUAUGGUUACACUGUAGAUUCAGAUAAGGGACCCCUCUUCUCUCAGAACACACCUUCAUUUUUAGAGGAACCUUUCUUUUCCAAGAGGGAAUCAAAUGAUCUACCCACUGAGCAGCAAAAAACUGAUACAAAUUUUGAUGAAUGUGUUGUUUCUGACUCCAAAACAGAUGAUAACGAUUUAUACUUGUCAGACUGCAGACUUCUGAUUCUUGGUUUUAGUGAAUCCGAUAUGCGAAAACUUGUGAACAUGGUUCGUAAAGGUGGUGGUUCCCGUUAUAUGUCUUUCAGUGAGAAGUUGACACACAUAAUAGUCGGAUCUCCAUCUGAGAUUGAAAUAAAAGAGAUAAGAAACCUUGCAGCUUUGGGUGUAAUCCAUGUGGUAAAACCAGAUUGGCUCGCAGACUGCGUAAGUGAAAAGAAAGAAGUCUGUGUGCUUCAAAAGCACAUUGCCAGUGAUUUGCUUCUACUCAGAGAACUUGUCAGCUCCAAUAAAGGAGCUUCUGUGAUCAAUGCAUUUUCCAACCAAGGAAACUCAAGUGAUAGUGUUCAGUGCUACAAGAAUAUUGGAUCUGGAAAUUCACUGGAGAAGAGCAAAGAAGUAGAUGGCAUAAAAAAGAGUGGAGCUUCUCAGAUUGAAAGCCAAUCCCAGUUCUCUACUUUGAAUGGUAAAAAUGAGAUUAAUAUGCAAGCAAGCUCCAGCGGAGCCAUUGAGGAGGAUAUAAAGUCAUCUGCUGUAUUUAAGGGAAAGCGGUUUUGCUUCUCUGCUAGCUUCCCUGAUAAGCAGAGAGCUGACAUUGUACAGUGGGUGAACCAAGGUGGAGGAGAGUUAGUGGAUAGUCAGAUUAAAGGAUACGUGCAUUUUGUUAUUGAAUGCCAUGGUGUGAUACCCUCCCAGACAGAUGCUGCUAUAGGGUCAUAUGUGACAAGUCACUGGAUUAAGUCUUGUUUGGAGGAUGGACGCUUGUUGGACAUUGGCAGUCACAUUUGCUAUUCUCCACUUCCUUGUGAAGUACCUUUCCCUGAAUUUAAGAGCUUCCGUUUCUGUGUUUCACAAUACGAUGAAAAAGAAAAGCAGCUGCUAAGAAAUUUAUUCUUUAUCCUUGGAGCUAAGUUUGCUGAUAAAAUGAGAAGAAAUGUCACAUAUUUGUUGUGCAAAUUCAGAAGUGGCCCAAAAUAUGAGCUUGCUUGUAAUAAUGGCAUCCCAACAGUAACUUGUGAGUGGAUUUAUGAGUGUAUUAAACAGAAAAAAGUUGUUGAUCCAGGUCCAUUUUGUCCUAAAGAAGUAACUUCUGAAGAUCGAGAAGCUGGAGUAUGCACAUCAAGCCAGUUUCCUACACAAGCUGUACAGAGGAUAUCUGAGGAUAAUGUUUCUCAGCUUCAGGGCGAGUCCAAAGAAGUUGAGAGUGUUAACGGUGAAGCUGUUACAGCCAGAAAUAUUGGAAGGACAGAAACUAUUUGCUUACCCAGUAAAUGCAAGAAGACAAGGGUCAGAGCAGAUGAGAAAACAAAAUGUUCUUUGGUAUCGGUAUCCAAUCAAAGUGACACCAUAUCCGAGACAAAUCCUCCAGAAAACAAGAAGCUUGAAAGCACCAAUGGUUUUACUAUAAUGACUGAUGUUGCUAACCUGAUUGAGGAUUGUUUGGUGCACACGAGCAUGAAUUAUAACCAGAAGUCUCCAUCAAGAAGUGAGUGUGAAUCAAAUCUCUUUGCAUCUGAUUGUACCAUUCUUGAUCAAGAUCAUGGAGUUCAACAACCUGAUCUUAGAUUGUCUCAGCAUUGGACAAACAGGUAUGUUCUCCAUAAACUUGUUUAUGGUGAUGAACUGUUGGAUGUGCUGGACACGUGUAAAUCUACUUUGUGUUGCAUAGUAUUUCUUGUCACGAUUUUAAUUUUAUAUGAGUACAUGUUUAAUUCUAGGGGAGGAGAAGGGAAGGAGGGAAAAAUCUUACCUUUCCUUGUUUGGCUGGAUUAUUAGCAAGGUGAGGAGGCCAAUCUCUUUCCCUUCCUCCAUCCCUUCCUUCAAACCAAAAACACAAAGACACCCUUAACCUUUCCUUGUUAAAAGUUUGCUUGGCUGGAUCAUAUAAUGUUAAAAGUUCAGGAUGGCUCAUGUGCAUGUUCAAGUCACCCUGCCUUGACGCUUUGUUUCUGAACCACUAUGGAAAAAUACUAUUGUAAUGGCGAGGCACUGAAAUUGGUAUGAAAAAAUAUGAGUUGCUGAUGUUUUCACAAGGGAGGUAAGGGCCAAUUG